AUGGCGCUGAAUGACAUCCAGGCAGUUGGGCCGGUUAUACAACGAGACCAGUUCGACCUGUCUCUAGACUUCCGCGGAGAAGAUUACGUUCUCAGUGCAGACAUCACCAAGAUGUACAGGCAGAUUCUGCUACACGAGGAUGACACCUGGGCUCAGUGUAUCCUAUAUAGGUUUACCCCACAGGAAAAGGUUCAAACCUACAGACUCAAGACGGUCACAUACGGUGAAGCGUCUUCCUCCUUCCUGGCCUGCCGCGCGUUGCACCAGGUGGGAGAGGAAAUGAAAGCGGUCAAUCCGCAAAUUGCCAACAUUAUACAACAAUGCUUCUACGUGGACAACCUCAUGGUGGGAGCAGCAACCGUAGAAGAGCUCAAAGAAAUAAAGGAAAAGCUAGAAAGGGCGCUUUUGAACAGAGGUUUUCCAUUAAGAAAAUGGGCAUCGAACAACGAAAGGAUAUUGGAUGGGGUCUCAGCAGAGGAUCGCGAACAAACUAUCCAAAUUGGAGAUCGCGAAGCGAUCAAAACACUCGGCUUACAUUGGUCGCCGAAACACGAUACCUUCACCUUCAAAGCGGAAGGUUUCAAAGAAGAGUUCAAAACUAUGACUAAAAGGGGCUUGGCCUCGGAAAUCCUUCGCCUUUACGACCCGCUGGGGUUGAUACAACCCGUAAUCGUGUCAGCCAAGAUCCUGCUUCAACAGUUAUGGAAGCAUCAGUUAAACUGGGAUGACGAAAUCCCCCACGAAAUCACAUCGGCUUGGCAAAACAUCAAGAAAGAAUUGCCAAAAUUGCAGGAAAUGGAAUUUCCUAGAAGGGCGGUUCCGAGCAAACCGCAUUAUCUAGAGCUCCACGGCUUUUCGGACGCCUCAACCAAGGCUUAUGGAGCAUGCAUCUACAUGCGCCACAUCGACUCAGAAGGAAACAUUACCACGAACUUGCUUUGUGCGAACUCAAAGGAGCACUGCUUAUGGCAGAGCUGGGUCAUCGUGCCAAGAAACUUUUCGGAGAACGUAUAUCCAAAGAGUAUUAUUGGAGUGACUCACAAGUUGUAA